GUCUUUCCACAGCUGAAUAUUUGGGUAUUUUGCGCCACCUUGUGAGUGAUCUGCUCCCUGCGCACAGCCGGUGCGCCUCUCAGUCAAGAUGGUGUCAAUAGUGCGCACUCUGCGGGACCACACAGAUGAGGUCAGCUGCUGCGCCUUCUCCUCCGCCCUCCUGGCCUCCUGCUCCGGGGACAAGACCCUCCGAGUCUACCACACCUCGGACCUGUCGGAGCUGCCCUUCUCCCCCCUGUCCAGCCACGGGUACAGGGUCCACUGCUGCUGCUUCAGCUCCUGCGGCCGCUUCCUGGUCAGCUGCUCCACAGACGGCUCUGCUAUAGUGUGGAACUCCGACACAGGGGAGCGGAGCGCAGCCCUGCAGCACCCCAGCCGCAGCCCGCUCCGAGUGUGCGCACUGGCGCACGACUGUGCGCACCUGCUGGCAGGGGCCUGCGACGGUACGGUGGCCCUGUGGGACUUCAGCAGCAGGACCCUACGGAGAUGCAGUGCAGUGAGUGAAGACAGUGUGGUGGCAUGCUGCUUUUCUCCCUCUAACCAGAUGUUUGUGACCGGCUGCACUCGUGGAGACCUCAAACUCUGGGACCUGGACGUCAACCUGCUGCACGCUGAGAAGGACGCCCACGACCUGGGAGUCACCUGCUGCAGCUUCGCAGCCCAGUUCAACGUCGAUGGCUGCUGUGUGGAGUUUCGACUGGCCUCCUGUGGACAGGACAGCCAGCUGAAAAUAUGGAUUGUUUCGCAGCGUGAAGGAGCAGGCUGUGUCAUGAAGCUGCUCCACACUCUGACCGCUCAGUCGGCCCCCGUCCUGUCCUGCGCCUUCUCCUCUGAUGGAGAACUGGUCGUCUCAGGCUCUGUGGAUAAAAGUGUUGUGAUAUAUGACGUGAACCUGGGAACUGUGCUUCACACUUUGAACCAGCAUGACAGGUACGUGACUGCUGUUGCUCUGUCUCCCACCAUGCCGUGGAUUGCAACCGGCUCCAUGGACCGAACGGUGACUGUGUGGAGAAUAGGAGAUGGAGACGACACAACUGCAGCGCCUGAAUCGAGGCAGACGUUGUGCCAAGAAAGGAAGUUGCCGGGUCAUUCCAGGCUGCUGCUUGCUGAUUGGUCGGAGGAGGAUGUGCAGAACUGGCUGAGCGAAGAGGGCCUGGAGGAGUUGGUCAGCAUCUUUAAAACCAACAACAUCGACGGGCCAGAGCUCAACCAGAUGAGCAAGGAGACGGCGGCUGAGCUGGGAAUUGAAUCCGUCGGCCUCCGCGGUCGUCUCCUGAGGAAAAUCGAGGCCCUGAAGGCAGAGCAGAGCGGUUCAGAAGCCCCAGAUGAGUUUCUGUGCCCGAUCACCAGAGAGCUGAUGAGGGAUCCAGUCAUCGCCGCAGACGGGUACUCCUAUGAGCGGGAAUCCAUCCAGAGCUGGAUCAGAGGCAAGAACAAAACCAGUCCCAUGACCAACCUGCCCCUCCAGACCACGCUCCUCACCCCCAACAGGUCUCUGAAGACGGCGAUAGCACGAUGGAAGUCCAGUCAGUAGACGCGCUAGCUUAUUCUGCAACGAACCCAAGACAGAGCAGGUAAACGUCACUGUAAGAGUUGAUCAGAGAGGUGAAGUUCUGCCAUAUUCUGGAAAAAUGUAAACGUUUCUGUAACAGUUCUGAAUUAUGCAUCAUUUACACAUUUGUCAGUGAAAUCUUUAUUAAACAAUUCAAGAAGGUCGCCUUUUGUUGUAAAUCAGUAUCAGAAAAUAUGUAAAUAUCAAGACUACGCACCUGAAAGUAGGGAUGUAACGAUUAUCAGUAUAAUGAUAAA